AGGCGAGCCCGAAUAUUCGGCAGUUCUACGACACUUCGUUUUCCAAUUCAUUCAUUCCGAACCAGAAACAAAGAAAGAGAAGAAGAAGAAGAAGAAGAAGAAGAAAGUCUUUCUUACUUUUAUUUAUUUCAGAUUUGGUGGGCGACCGGAGCUCCGACUUUCCUUGGUAUCGAGACCCUUAUUUUGUUGUCUUCCUCUCUCCCUAUUUAACUCCCGGAACCCUUUUUCCCUCUACCCAAAAUUCUCGAAUCCGUCUCGGUUGUUAGCGAUCAAAGACCGCCAGUUGCUUGGCAAGUCAAAAUGUUCAACGGGAUGAAUAUGAUGGAUCCAGAAUUGAUGAAACUCGCUCAGGAGCAGAUGAGUCGGAUGUCGCCGGCCGAUUUCGCCAGGAUGCAACAACAGAUGAUGGCUAAUCCAGAGUUGAUGAAGAUGGCAUCAGAGAGCAUGAAGAACAUGAGGCCUGAAGAUUUGAAAAUGGCUGCCGAGCAAUUGAAGCACACGCGCCCGGAAGAGAUUGCUGAGAUUGGGGAUAAGAUGGCUAGUGCGUCGCCUGAAGAGAUAGCAGCUAUGCAUGCACGUGUUGAUGCCCAAUUCAGUUACAAAUUGAAUGCAGCUCAGAUGCUCAAGAAUCAGGGAAAUGCACUUCACAGCCAGGGAAAGUUCAACGAUGCCUUGCAGAAAUACGUACUUGCAAAGACAAACUUGAACGGCCUUCCAUCCUCUAAAGGAAGAUCACUUCUGAUGGCAUGCUCACUCAACUUAAUGUCAUGUUACUUGAAAACAAGGCAGUAUGAUGAAUGUAUAAAAGAAGGUUCUGAGGUACUGGCAUAUGAUGCACAGAAUGUGAAAGCUCUCUAUCGGAGAGGUCAAGCAUAUAAAGAAUUGGGUCAAUUGGAAGAUGCUGUCUCUGACCUGAGCACCGCACAUGAAGUUUCCCCUGAUGAUGAAACUAUUGCAGAUGUUCUAAGGGAUGCUAAGGAGAAAUUGGGUACGGAGGGCAGUGUGUCUGCACCAAGAAGACUGGUAAUUGAAGAAAUAACUGAAGAAGUCGAGACUGUCUCUGCUGCCAACCAUAAAAGCUCAUCUACAGAGUAUUCUAUGGCAAAACCACAGGAAACGAGAGACAUUCCCAAGACUCAAAUUGCAGCCGACUCUGAGGUUCUGUCAAACAACUCAGAGCAUUUGCAGGCUUUAAAAAAUGACCCAGCAACUCUCAGAUCAUUCCAGAAUUUUAUCUCAAAUGCUGAUCCGGAUACUCUUGCUGCUUUAAGUUCUGGAAAAUCCGAGGAGGUUCCUGCUGACAUGGUUAAGACUGCCUCAAGCAUGAUCAGCAAAAUGUCUUCGGAAGAACUGAAAAGAAUGAUUGAAUUGACAUCCUCAUUUGAGGGAGAUAAUCCAUUACUCAAGAAAGGUUCACCAAAUCUGUCACCAGAUAUGUUUAAAACUGCAUCUGAUAUGAUGAAUAAAAUGCCACCGGAGGAACUUCAGAAAAUGUUUGAAAUGGCUUCAAAAGGGAAGGGCUUAUCUUCAACACCAGCAUCUAACUUGGACAAUUUUAAACCUGGAUCAGUUCCACCAAAUUUGUCUCCGGAUAUGCUUAAAACUGCAUCUGAUAUGAUGAGCAAAAUGCCCCCCGAAGAGCUUCAGAAAAUGUUUGAAAUGGCAUCUUCUAUGACAGGGAGAGACUUAUCUCCAACACCAGCAUCAUUCAAUGCUAACAGGCAAAGUUCAUCGAGGUAUUCAGAAAGCCGUGAAAACUCUGCUGUGAAUGUGGCUCGUGAUGAAGGUGAAAGUAGCUCUCAUGGAAUAUUGCCAAAUGUGAGAAGUACUCCUCAAUCGAGCUUCCCUGCCUCUGCUGUUGAUUUUCAAGAACAAAUGAGAAACCAAAUGAAAGAUCCUGCAAUGCGGCAGAUGAUGUCGUCAAUGAUGAAGAAUUUGAGUCCAGACAUGAUGGCAAACAUGAGUGAGCAAUUUGGUUUGAAUCUUUCUCGGGAAGAUGCGGAAAAAGCUCAUCAAGCAAUGUCUUCUUUGUCACCAGAGUCCUUGGACAAAAUGAUGCAAUGGAUGGAUAGGAUUCAAAGAGGAGUGGAAGGUGCAAGGAAGACAAAGAAUUGGCUGCUAGGGAAAUCCGGUCUGGUGUUGGCAAUAGUAAUACUCAUUCUAGCAGUAAUCCUUCAUCGCUUGGGCUACAUUGGUGGUUAGAUUGUGAUUAUGCUUAUGGUCAUGAAAGAUCCAGUUAAAGUCCAAACCUCUAGCUAAGUCUUGUCAAAAGCAAAUAUGUCCCUGGAAAUGGCGCAGAGGAAAGGAAGAAAAAGAAUUUGGACAGAGGGGGAGGGUGAAGAUGAUACCCUCGAUCUCUUUUUGUACCUAGGUCGCUAGUUCUAGCAAUUUUUUUAUUUUUUUUCAAGACUUUUUGUAGUUGGGAUACUGUAAAAAGAACAUGCAUUUGCAAGAUAAUUUUCAUUACCGUGGUUGUGGGAUUCAAUUCCAUAUAGCUUGUGAUAAUGAACAAUAAUUUGUAUCCUACUGGUUGAUAAGUUGGGUCAAAACAGCCGUGUGGGAAACAUAAGCAAUAUAGCAUUAUUAUAGCUGAUC